UUAAUAAUACAAAUACUAAAAAAAAAUAAUUGAAAUUUAAAAUGUUGUAGAAAAAAAUUGCACUUAAAAAAUAAUAUUUUAUUUUACUCCAACUAAACACCGACUCAAUUAAAAAAAUGAAAUAGAGCAAUUAACUUAAGCAUAGAGAGAUAAUAAUCAUCGUUGACACAAUUAUUAAACAUAAUCCAAGUAACAAUCAUUAUGGUCAAUCAGCGGCAGCGUCAAUGCGAUAAAAAUAUCACUUGCGUGUUGUCGAAACUCUACUUUCUAAUAAUAACUCUAUUUGUGGCGUCGUUAUUGUCGUUGAAAUCGAUUGCAUGCAAUGCACAUUUUAUACACAUCGAUCAUAAUGAAUUUCGUUCAGGGGGGUUUCCCCGACCACAACUACCACCACCAACUUUACCGCAUAUACAAGAAGACCAAACUCCACAACACUUACCCGGCAAGGAAUUGACACCCUCGGAAUAUAUGGUGGAUUUGACCAAUGAUCUAGCCUAUCGUGUGUUACACUAUCAUUCCAUAUUGAAUCGUAAUAAUUUUGCAUUUUCUCCCACCGCUCUAAUGAGUGUUCUCGUUGCCAUUUAUGAAGGAUCGGCUGGACGGAGUAUGACAGAAUUGAAAAAUGUUUUACAUUUACCCGAUAAUCAUGAUAUUAUACGUGUAGGCUAUCGUGAUAUUCAUCGUCGUUUGAGGACUUAUUUCUUUAAUUCUGACAACCCGUUAAAAGGCUUGAGUUUAAAUAAAGAAAAUGUCACAAUAACUCGAGAUUAUGAAACUAUUCUAAUGUUUUAUGGAUAUGAUUUGGGCAUAGACAUGGUGUCUUCAACAGCAGUGCCAACAACAACAACAACAACUCCAGCUAUAACUACAACACAGAUGACACAUAAUGUAACAACAUCUCCAGAAAUGGAAACUACCACCACUCCAGUGACAACAAUAACCACAACAUCAACAACAAUUAGCCCAGAAACAACUACAGAAGCAAUGAAUACUACUUCAGAGGUUAUAACAUCAACCACUGAGAAAUAUGUUACAACAAUGAAGCCUGAGGAAACGACAGAAAUGACGAGUGAGAAAUCCACUGAAGAAAGUACCACAGAAGCAGCUGAAACUACUGAGUCUACUGAGACUACUACAGCCACUGAAAUGACAACUGAAACAGUAAAAUCAGAAGCAGAAACAAACGAAGCUGCCGAAUUAAUUUCAUCAUUUGUAGCUGAAGAGAAUUCCGAACCAUUUUUACGCAUACAAAAGGCACGAGUCACAAGAUUACCCAGUGCCAAAUUACAAGCACCCUUGGCAACUAAAUCUAAACUCCAGACUAACUAUUUGCCAGCACAAAGAAAAUCCAGUCGUCUUACUAGUCGUAAUAAACGUCAUUUAUUUGGUUUCAAAGAAUUCGAUAGCAAUCUAUUUGUAACACUCUUCAAUGCCGAAUCACAACUACACAAUCCUUUAAGCACUGGAUCAGCUCUAGUCGGAUUACCUACUUAUCUACAAGUAUCUAAUGAUUAUGAAGUAGAGACUGAUCCAAAUUUUAUAGUUAACGCACACACUUCGUCUAAUUUGAAACAGAAUUAUAAUACCGAUGUUAUUAGUCAUGUCUUCUAUUUAAAUAGUCAACAUGUCAUCUAUACCACAUUUAAAGUUUACAAUGCCGUCUUGUAUUAUAAAUAUUUUGAGCGUUUACGUUUAAGUGUCUUAGAAUUGGAACUUGAUACAUCAGAAUAUAAUUUAAUUAUAUUAUUACCUGAUUAUAAUACAGAUUUAGUGGCAGCAGCAGCAUCUUUACGUUCUGGUCCAAAGUUGCGCCUCAUGCGUAAACAAUUAAAACCAAAAUGGGUACAAGCCAUAAUACCCGAUUUUAGAUUGCAUGGAACUAUGUUUUUAACAAAUGAUUUACAAAACCUUGGCAUUUGUGAUAUCUUUGAACCAAAUCGUGCAGAUUUUCGUCCAAUGACAGAUGAAAAAGGCAUCUACGUCAAACAUAUCGAACAGUCAAUAAACGUACAUAUACGAACAAAUCCCAUCAAUCAUUUAAGACGUAACAAUGGAGCACAGGCACAGCCCAUACAAAUAUCAGUAAAUCAUCCGUUUAUGUUUUUCAUUAUUGAUCGUGAUUUGGAUAUUGCUGUUAUGGCUGGACGUAUUUUAAAUCCUCUUAAUGUACGCGUUCAAUAAAAAUACAAUACAUAAUAACUAACAUGCAUAUUACUACAUUACAUUACUUAAUAAAUAACUUGAGAUUACACAAAUUAGGAAACGAAAAUUUAAAAUAUCUAUCGUUUCAUUGUUGUUAUUUCAUGUAACGAUAUUUGAACAAUGAUUUUAGAAACAAUUGAGACAAUUUGUAGUUGUGUAAAUAAAUUUAGUUGUUGCAUUGUUUUUAAAUGUUUUAUAUAGCUUCCGAUUAUUUCAACUGUAACUUUUAUUACAUAUUUCAAAUUAAAGAAAAUCUAAAUCAAUUACAAUUUAAAUAUUGACAAUUGUAUUAGCCAUUAGCUGUUUGUAUCCGGCUAUGUUCGUAAGCAGAAAUUCAAUGUAAUUUGAUGUUUUAAUUCAGAAUUCCUCCGAUCAUAUAUAAAAAUAUUUUUGGAAAAAACUUUUAGUAAAUUGCAUUACUAUCAGGAUUGAACAGAUAUGUUUUAAGGAUCUAUUUUU